GUCAUGGUGGACAGGCGGAAAGAAUUUUUAAAAGACGGCGAGAGUAUGGAAGUCACCCGUACGCCUUUGAGAGAGCGACACCAGAUCCAAUGCAGUCAUUCGUUCCUGACCAUUGAGCCGCCGAGGUUUCGACAAUUAUGCGUUGCUACCACGAAGUGCCUGGCAACAGCUCCGUCCGAGCGCACGUCCGUUCGGAUACUUUCUUCAUGAAGGUUCGAAUCCG